AUUGUGAGGGCUCUCAGAAAGUACAUAGAACAGCGUGUGUCCCUCAAGAGUGGUAGCGAUUAAUUGUAAGUGAGUGCUGGCCAGCCCUGGAGCCUCAAAGCUGGGACUUCUACUAUUGAGGAGUCCAUAGUGAGGAGUGAGGCUUGAGUGAGACUCUCAGAAAUUGGUGGUGAAGCCUCUGUAGCUAUCUUUUUGUUGGAGGAUCCUUUCUGAUCUGCGGCCCGGAGUCUGAUCCUCGGAAUCCCUUAGUAGCUUCUUGGGCCUCAUGGGUGUGCCGGCCUUUUUCCGUUGGUUGACGAAAAAGUAUCCGUCGGUCAUCAUCGAUUGCAUCGAGUCACGGUCCGGGACCACGGAUGGUGGCGGUGGAGGUGUUGAUGACGGCGUGGGCGUCCGCCAGAACGCCGCGGCCCUGGAUUCAUCCCAGCCCAAUCCCAAUCAAGUGGAGUUCGACAAUCUUUAUUUGGACAUGAACGGCAUCAUUCAUCCGUGCACUCAUCCGGAGGACAAACCCGCUCCUAAAGACGAAGAUGAAAUGAUGGUGGCCAUUUUCGAGUGCAUUGACCGCCUCUUUCACAUCGUUCGCCCGCGUAAAGUGCUGUAUAUGGCCAUUGAUGGCGUGGCGCCGCGUGCCAAAAUGAAUCAACAACGCUCCCGCCGAUUCCGCGCCUCGAAAGAAGCCGGAGAAAAAGUCGAAACCUUGGCCCGUCUCCGAGCCGAGUUGGAAGAGGCUGGCGCCUAUUUGCCGCCUGAGAAGCCCAAAGAGUCGCACUUUGAUUCCAAUUGCAUCACCCCGGGCACACCUUUUAUGGACCGCCUUUCGCAAUGCUUGCAGUACUACAUCCAUGACCGUCUCAAUCAUAAUCCCGGCUGGCGGAACAUCAAGGUCAUUUUGUCGGACGCCAACGUGCCGGGUGAAGGCGAACACAAGAUCAUGGACUUCAUUCGACGUCAACGCGCCCAACCCGAUCACGACCCUAAUACGCAACAUGUGUUGUGCGGGGCAGACGCCGACCUCAUCAUGUUGGGCUUAGCUACCCACGAACCUAAUUUUACCAUCAUUCGCGAGGAAUUCAAGCCUAAUCAACCCCGCCCCUGCGACCUGUGUCGUCAAAUGGGCCAUAACAUGGUUGACUGCACUGGGGCCGCCAAACCUAUAGCCGGAUCCGAGUAUCUAGGGGAAGACCCCAGCUUCGGUGAAGAGGUGAAAUUCAUCUUUGUGCGGCUCUCUGUGCUACGCGAGUAUCUACGUCGCGAUUUGGCCAUGCCGAACCUGCCGUUCCCGUACGAUUUUGAGCGGGCCGUUGACGAUUGGGUGUUCAUGUGCUUUUUCGUGGGCAACGACUUCUUGCCCCAUCUACCAAGCUUAGAGAUCCGCGAGGGCGCCAUUGAUCGAUUGGUCCGCUUGUACAAAGACGUUGUCUACAAAACCGGGGGAUUCAUUACCGAUUCGGGUAUAGUUAAUCCAAGCCGGGUACAGAUGAUCAUGCAAGACCUUGGUCAAAUGGAGGAUCGUAUAUUUAAAGAUCGUCAACAACGCGAAGAACGCUUCAAACAGAUCAAUAAGUCCAAGCGCAGACGCGAGAAACUAGAGAGUGAUGCUGCACCGAAGUUUAUUCCGGGAGGUCAAUUCGCGCCUGUGGCACUCGGGGGACGUCAAGAAUUGGAUCCAGUUCGCAACGCUAAAAGUGAAGCCUACAACAUGAGAGUAGCGGGUCUGCAAAGUCAAGCCGCCGAUGAAAGGAAUACCAAUAAUCAAGAUGCAGCCAGAGCUUUAAAAGCCAUGUUGAAGUCAGGCGAAGCGCCCAACCCUGGGUGUAGUGCCGGACCAUCUCGAAAAAGAAAGUACGGAAAUAACGACGAGGAAGAAGAGGAGGAGGAGACCCCGGAUGAAGUUAGAUUGUACGAGGAUGGUUUCAAAGAUCGAUAUUACGAAUCCAAGUUCGGCGUGUUGCCCACUGAGCAAUCCUUCCGACAUAAGGUUGCAGCCGAGUACACCUUAGGACUCUGCUGGGUUCUAAGGUACUAUUACCAAGGCUGCGCUUCUUGGAAGUGGUACUUUCCCUAUCACUACGCUCCGUUUGCGUCAGAUUUUGUGGAUAUCAGUGGUGUUGCCAACGAAUUUGAAAAUGAUACGGUCCCGUUCCAACCUCUGCAACAACUGAUGAGUGUGUUUCCUGCCGCCAGUCGAUCGCACGUUCCCAAGCCUUGGGGAGAGCUCAUGAUCGAUCCAGAGUGUCCCAUCAUUGAUUUUUAUCCAGAGGAUUUCAAGAUUGAUCUCAAUGGCAAGAAGUAUGCCUGGCAGGGGGUGGCGCUCUUGCCGUUUGUAGAUGAACGGCGAUUGAAACUUGCGCUGGAGCCUCUUUAUUUAUCCCUGACGAAUGAAGAAAAGCGCAGGAAUGUCCGAGGCGACGACCGGCUCUAUGUCCGAGAAGGACAUUCCGGUUUCAAAUUGCUCAGAGCAAUAUACGACGAUAAGUUCGAAACGGAUCUCGAGAUCCAAAUCGACGGGAAGAUCUUUCAAGGAAUGCGAGGCAAAGUCCUUCAUUCGACAUGCAACGUUGAGCUAGAAGGCGAUUUUUCCAGCCCUGUUGCAAACCUUAGAUCUCUGAGCGGGAAUCGGGUUGUGUGUGUUCGUUAUCGAGAUCUAACCUUUCCUGCCGACUUUCUGUUUCCCGCCAAGCGAUUGCCAGAAGCAAAAGAUCCGCCUAACGUGUUAAGACCGGAAGAUCUUAUCGAACGCCAUGGUGGUGGUAGAGGGAGAGGCGGCAUGCGAGGAAAUUGGAAACCGAGAAUGGGGUUCAAUGAGCGCCGUGAUGCAGCUUCUCUAGACCCAGCUGGUCAUCGGAUGUUGGGUCAUCAUGUCAACCGGUAUGGGUCGGUGCCUCCUCCCAUUCGAGGGCGAUUUGCACCCCAAAACGAGCGUUCCCAUGGGAGGCACCAAGAUUCGUACCAAGGUCAUCAAAGGCCACUACAUCACAACCGAGGCGAUUAUCAGCGGAAUAGUAGAGGUCAUGAUGGUUACGGCGGGGCCAGAUAUGAUGGUGUUGAUGGAGGGUAUCAUCGAGGUGGUGGUCACUACAAUAAUCAUGGUAGUAGCCGGGGUUUUCGCCACGAGUACAGAGACCCCCGGGACAAUCCCCACCGACAAGUUGGUUACGGAAAUUUCAAUCAAAGGAAUAAUCACCGAGCAGACGAUUGGAGAAAUCGAAAUGAAGAUUAUCAACCACGCGGAGGUCGUCACCAACAACCGUCCGACGGAGGCUACGGUUAUUACACAUCAUCUUACCAGGGUCGAAAACAAUAAGAGUACGUUGUUGUUCAGGGUUCCUUCUCGAGAACUAUCUUGUGCAAGGAGAAUGUUGAAUUGCAAAUAAAGUACCAAGCAAGGUG